AACAAUGCUUAUUCUAACUAGGAAAGUUCAAAAUUAUACUGUAAUCAUGCAUCUUCUAAAAUAUCCCAUGAAUAUUCGUGAUCAACAAUUUUACAUUACGCGUUUCUGAAGUCUUCUGGUCAAGAGGGAAUAUAUUCGGUGGAGCUACAGCCUGCACAAGUUAUUAGUUGAUAUUGUCUUGGGUUUUCAUGAAUCUUCCAAAUUCCACUUUGGGAUCAUAACAUUUCAUGGCUACUUUCAAUACUUUUCUGUGUUGACUAUAAUGAUGUUUGGGUGGCAUGGCAGAAGCUUUGCUCUUGCUCUGAUGAAAUGAUCUGUGAUCCUUUUCUUCCUGUUUUCUCUAUGCGGAUCAGAUUCGGCUUCUUCAAAACUCCCCAAAAAAUGGGGUUUGAAUUAUCGGAAUCACCCCAGCCUUAGGAAGAGUAAAGGCCCAAUUGCCAAAAGUCCUAUCCCUGACAAAUUGCAUAUGGUAAGAAACACCCAAUAGUCUCGAACUCAGAGAUUAUAGGUCUCAAAUUCAGAGAUUAACUCAAGACCAAUGGUCUCAAACUCAUAAUACAGAAAUUCAGCCUGGCAAAUACUAAAAUCACAACAAUCUCACUUUUACACACUACGAAGAAGGAACUGUGCUUUGCUUUCGAGGAGACGAAGAAGAGAGCAUUGUAAUAAGCGGUAAUCUGUCUGUAAUUAAACUGAUUGAUUAUGUCUGUAACUGGAUAUAAUCCCUUACACAAGACUAUGUCCUCUUCAUCCAAAAAAUAUGAUGUUUUCAUAAGUUUUAGAGGGCAAGACGUAAUAAGAACAUUUGUAGAUCACCUGUAUGCUUCCUUGGAAAACGCAGGGGUUAAUGUUUUCCUGGAUAGCCAUAAGUUGAAAAGAGGGGACGAGAUCAGUUCAACCGUUCGACAGACAAUCGACAACAGUACCAUCCUCAUUCCUAUAUUCUCCAAGAACUUUGCAGAGUCCAGUUGGUGCCUGGACGAGCUAACCCACAUGUGCAAAUCAAAUGGUAUAAUUAUACCCUUAUUCUAUGAUGUCAAGCUAACGGAAGUAAGGAAUCCUUGGAGAGGUGCCUAUGCAAAGGCUUUUGAGGGGAAGAAACUAAAAUACACACCGGCAAGAAUUAGUGAGUGGGAAAACGCUCUCCAUAAAGUUUCCUCCUUCUCUGGCUGGUCUACAGAUGACAUAUCCGGGUUUGCAGCAGAACUUGUCAAGCUUAUAGUGCAGGAUGUUUUCAAGAGAUUAGAUCAAAAUGCGAUCCCAAUGGAGGAAGCUCUGCCCCAACCCUUAGACGAAGAUCUCUCAGAUACAAUACUCAAGGAGAUCAGAAAUGAACCUCUUAGAAUUUCAAAGACAAUCUUAGUUGGUAUGGAAAAACACGUGAGUGAAGUUAUAAAAAUGCUCAAUCCAGAUUCUGAUGAGAAUGUCCUCACAGUUGCCAUUUAUGGAAGUGGGGGUGUGGGAAAAACCACGCUCGCAAAGGCCAUCCACAAUCACAUUUAUCUUAAAUUUGAUGCAACCUGCAUUGUUUAUGAUGUGCGUCAUAAAGCCCAAAAUAAAAAUGGUGUAGCUAAGAUGCAGCGCCAGAUAUUGAAAGACCUUGUCAAUUUCAAGGAUAAAGUUAAUGAUGAGGUUCAUGGAAAGAUGUUGAUGAAGGGCCGUUUGAGGUCCAUCAAGGCCCUUGUUAUUCUGGAAUAUGUUGAUCACUGGAGGCAGUUGGAGGCUCUACGAGGGGAUUGGUUUGGACCAGGUAGCAGAGUGCUCGUAACAACACUUGACCCCAACAUACUAAAAAUUGAAAAUGAAAGAUUUGUUUAUGAAUUGCAGGGACUGGCUAAGGAACAUGCUCUUCAAUUUUUUAGCUGGCAUGCUUUCAUGAGAGAUCAACCUGAAGAAGAUUAUAAAGAAAUGUCAUCCAAAGCCGUGGAUAUUUGCAAUAGACUGCCAUUUUCACUUGAAGUUCUGGGUGCUCAUUUGUAUAAUAGAGAUUUAAGUCAUUGGAAACAAGCCAUUCAAACAUUAGAAUUUUCUAGUUACCAUGGGAAGAACGCCAUUCUUAGACUCUAUUACGAUGGCCUCGAACCUGAAGAGAAGGAGAUGUUUUUAGACAUGGCUUGUUUAUUCAUAGGAAGAAAGAGGGAAAGUGUGAUUAACUUUUGGGAAGCCAGUCAUUUGUGUCCCGAUGUGGGCCUAACAAAAUUGAAGCUGAAAUCACUCAUUAAGUUAGAUGAGCACGAUAGAUUUGUAAUGCAUAGUGAGCUAAGGGAUAUGGGACGAGCUAUUGUAGCAGAGGAAUCAGCAGAACCAGGGAAGCGUAGCAGAUUGUGGAAGCCAGAAGAGGUUGAACCAGUUAUAAUGGAAGGAAAGGGAACAGAAAGGGUGAGAUGUCUUAUGAUUAGCAACCUUCAGCAAAAUGUUAAACUUCAAACUCAUAAUUUGCAAAGAAUGUGUAAUUUGCAAUUGCUUUGGCUUGACGGAGCUCUUGUAGAGGGAGAUUAUAGAAAAAUGCCUCCAGAUUUGAAGUGGGUAAGAUGGGAAAAUUGCCCUCUAAAAUACUUGCCAUAUGAAUGGAACAUGAAACAUCUAGUAGUACUUGAUCUAAGCUUCAGCAAAGGCAUUGAGGUACUGUGGCCAGAACCAUCCAAUAAAGAGGGGCCAAAAAACCUCAAAGUACUAAAGCUAAAUUACUGCACAAAUCUUCAAGUCCUUCCAGAUUUAGCCAACCACACGUCUCUCGUGCAACUGGAGCUCUGUGGUUGUAAAGAGUUGAGAGAACUGCCAGAGUCCAUUGGAUCUCUGACAGAGCUUAAGUACCUUGAUCUGUCAAAUUGCUGCAACUUAAUCCAAUUUCCAAACACCAUAACCUACCUAAAAUCCUUGGAGGUGUUAUUUCUAUCAAAUUGUCACAGCAUCAGAAGAUUACCUGACUCAUUUGAAGAUCUGGGAGUUCUUAAAAAGGUCAAAUUGGAUGGAAUGCCCUUAAAAAAUUUGCCCAAAUCUUUUACAUGGCUGUCCUGCUUGGAGAAGCUGUCUCUUCGUGGUUGCCAUGAAUUAAGAAGACUUCCUCAACCAAUAGGAGAAUUGAAACGCUUGCGGUAUCUGGAUUUACAUGGUUGUUCUAGUUUACAGACUGUACCUGACUCAGUCUAUGAACUUGAAAGCUUAUGCCGGUUGGAUAUGACUGGUUGCAAAAGAAUCAGCUUAGGAGAAGAAAUAGGGCAGCUUGUCCGUAUGGAAAGGUUGGUUUUAAGUAAUUGUGCAGCAAUAUGGAGCUUGCCUACAUCAAUAGGCCAACUUACGUGUUUACGACAUCUGAACCUGAAUCACUGCACUUCUUUGUUUGAAUUGCCAGAGGAGUUGGGAAAUCUCGUCUGUUUAGAAGAACUGUUGCUCAAUGAAUGCUACAAUCUAUGUGAACUUCCACAGAACAUUGGGAAUCUUUCUUGCCUUAAGUCUCUAGAAAUGGAAGAAACCUACAGCCUAUCUUGUCUUCCACCUAGCUUCUCAAGACUCACUUCCUUAAAGCAUCUAAAGGCAAGUGGUUGUCCACUACCAAAACGCAUUGGAGAGUUUUCAUCAUUAGAGAUUCUGCAUCUUAAAUCCUACAAAAUGACCUCUUUGCCACCAACUUUUGGCACACUUUUUCGACUAAGCAAACUCUACCUACAUCACUGCACAGAGUUUGCGGAACUUCCACAUCUUCCAAAGGAUCUCAUUGAAGUGCAUAUUCAAGACUGUUUAGGACUAGAAAAAAUCUCUAGCAUGUCACAUAUGAAGAGGCUAAAGCUUCUGAGGAUACACAACUGCAGGGAACUUGUUGAAUUGCCUGACUUUGGGUCCUUGCAGUCAUUGCAAGAGCUCACAAUAUCAGAAUGUAGGAAUGUGAAGCGCAUUCAAGGAAUGGAAGGGCUGAAAUCCCUAAGAAGAGUGCAUAUUAUAGGUUGCAGAUUGGCCGGCUCAGGAAGCUCAAUAUUGAAAGCCCGCCAAUUAAUCAAGGAAACGCAUUGUCUAGAGUUACUCAGUUUUUCUGCGAAUGGAGUUCCAGAGUGCUUAGAAAAGAAGAUGGAAAAAAAUUGUAAUGAUUUACUCUAUGUUACAUUGGACAGUAAUGAGCAAUGUUCAGGGAUAAUAUUAUGCUUCAUGGUGAGCUUCAAGGGUGGCAUUACCUCAGUCGAAGUAGAACUAGGCACUUUAAGAGAUGGCAAGGAGAUUUUCAAUACCAGGCUUGUUAACCACUCCAAAAUUAUAGAGGGAGAUCAGAUUUUUGUGCACAUUUUGCAUAAAACCCACCCCAUGGUUAUGAUGGUGCAGAGUGGAGAUGUUGUCCGGGCGAAAGCGGACAGAGAUGAAGAAAGAAUGCUUAUAAAAAGUGGUGGAAUGCAGUUCUUCUCUGAAGAAGAAAAUGGGAAAAGAGAAGAUCUAGUUCUGGAAAGAUUGGGAAAGGGUUUGACAAUGUUAAUGGAAGAUUACUAAGAAAAUCUAGUCUUUGAAGACGAGGAAUAAAAUUGGAGCUGGAAACCCUUUUCGGUUUAUUGUUCUAGUCAAUGAGGCUCAGUUUAAUAGGAUGGUCCCUUUUUUUUCUAAGGAGCCUAAAUAAAUAGCAUGGUAAAUGUUUUGAACCAUAAACAAGAGUCAAGUUAGCUAGAUCCUAUAUUACAUUCAUGUGAUAUUGCAGUGUCCUAUAUGGGCAACUACAAUUAAGUCAAUACAAAUAGUUCGCAUUGCUCAUUCAACAAGUGGCUUCUUAAACAUAGAGAA